GAAUUCUAGCGUACUUUGGAAAGGGACAAAAUUGUCCAACUCUAUUUAAUACAAUAUACUCCAUAUAAAUAAAAUACUGAUCGAUUAGUGUUGUGAAUACUGAAUGAGACCCCUCCCUCAAAACUUUGGGUUUACUGUAAAAAUUUCAAAUCGGAAAAUUUCGCCGGAAAAAUGUCGGGGAAAGGAGCAAAGGGAUUGAUAACAGGGAAAACAUCGGCAAAUAAAGACAAAGAUAAGAAGAAACCCACCUCUCGUUCUUCUCGUGCCGGUCUUCAGUUUCCAGUUGGGCGUAUUCACCGAUUGCUGAAAGAGAGGACCACGGCAAAUGGGAGAGUGGGAGCCACAGCAGCUGUCUACUCUGCUGCUAUCAUGGAGUAUCUGACCGCUGAGGUAUUGGAGUUGGCUGGAAAUGCGAGCAAGGAUUUGAAAGUGAAACGUAUCACUCCAAGACAUUUGCAGCUGGCAAUUCGAGGUGAUGAGGAACUUGAUACUCUGAUCAAAGGAACUAUAGCUGGAGGAGGUGUAAUACCGCACAUUCACAAGUCGCUCAUCAACAAAUCUUCGAAGGAGUAAUUAAGCCUGUCUCUUACAAGUUGUCUCCUUCCUUUUUGGAGAAAUAUUCGUUUCUGGAAACUUUAGCCAUUUGCUUUUGGUGUCUGCAAAUGCAUAGGCAGAGAAUUUCUGUACCAACUACUUUUGCAUAUUCUAUCUAGAUUCUCCUUAGGUUUACCAGACAUGGUUCUUUGCUGAUAUUAGUAAUGUCGCAAGUGAUUGUCUUAUUUCCUCUAUUAUCUCUCAAGCCCUUUACUUAACACAUC